AAGUUCGAAUUAUUCUUCUUCCUUGUAUGAUUGCUUUUAAAAUCCUCAGUACCUCUUUUGGACUCAUUUACUCUUCCUCCUUUCUCUAUCAUACACAAUAAAUAAAUAAAUAUAUUUUUACUACAUUUUAUUUUUCUUUUUCAUUUUCUUUGUUUCUUUCUCUCUUUUGUUUUUUUGCAUAAAUAUAAACAAGAGUUAUAAACAUCACAGUGAACACCUAAUCAAAAAAGCAAAGUGAGGUGCAGAAGUAAUAAAGCCUUUUACACGUGAUAAAGAAAACACCAAAAGCUAUACUCUUUUCUUUUGCAUGCGUGUAUAAGAUUCAUCACCAUCAUCAUCUUCAUCUUCAUUUUCAUUUUGAACCCUUUCAAAAACACCCCAUUUUUCUUUCAUUGCUAUUCACACCCUUCUUCUAUUUUCACUCUCUCAUUGCUUUCACAUGUGUUACUUUGUUAAUUAGCUUGAUAUAAGCAUAAGGUUAUAGGCAAAAAACUAAACGUGAAAAACUGGUUCUUGCUGAAACUUCUUGUCACCUUUGAUUGGUGUGUAACUAUAUCUAUAUAUCUAUCUAUAUAUCUAGCUGUUCUUGGAAGAAGUUAACAUGCCUUUGAGGCAAAUGAAAGAGAGUUCAGAACAACAUCUUGUGAUAAAACCUCAUAUGCAAAACAAUAUGAGUCAAAAUCAAGUUAAGAAAGUUACUAAAGCUGUUCAAAAUGGUAAAGGUUCUUCACCAUUGUUGUCACAAGAACAAACUUCACCACCACCUCAAGUAAAGAAUGGUGGAAGAAGAAGGAGUAGAAAUGGUAGAAAAUCUGAUCAAGUUGAUGUUUUGAUGAGACCAAGUUGUAGACCUUGUACUACUGUUGUGAAAAAUAAUGAUAAUGGUCAUGUUGAAAAUGGAAGCAUAAUCACUUCUAGUGAUGUUGAGAUGAGUUUUCCUACUUCAAGUAAGUCUUUGAGUUUUGCUCAAAGACCUGGUUAUGGACAAGUUGGUACAAAAUGCAUUGUUAAAGCUAAUCACUUCUUUGCAGAAUUACCAGACAAAGACUUGAAUCAGUAUGAUGUAACUAUUACACCUGAAGUGUCGUCCAAAGCCGUUAACAGAUCCAUUAUAGCAGAACUUGUGAGGCUGUAUAAAGAAUCUGACCUUGGCAUGAGACUUCCAGCGUAUGAUGGCCGAAAAAGUUUGUACACAGCGGGGGUUCUUCCCUUUUCCUGGAGAGAGUUUAAGAUUAAGCUUAUAGAGGAAGAGGAUGGAAUUAAUGGCCCCAAAAGGGAAAGAGAAUACAAAGUUGUGAUCAAGUUUGUUGCAAGGGCUAACUUGCAUCACUUGGGGCAAUUUCUAGCUGGAAAGCGUGCGGAUGCUCCACAGGAGGCAAUACAAAUUCUUGACAUUGUACUAAGAGAGCUAGCAUCAAAGAGGUUCUGUCCGAUUGGGAGGUCCUUUUAUUCACCUGAUAUUCGAACACCACAACGACUCGGAGAAGGAUUGGAGUCAUGGUGUGGAUUUUACCAAAGCAUAAGGCCUACUCAGAUGGGCCUUUCCCUCAAUAUCGAUAUGGCUUCUGCUGCGUUCAUUGAACCUCUUCCGGUGGUGGAAUUUGUUGGCCAGCUAUUGGGAAAAGAUGUGCUGUCAAGGCAGUUGUCUGAUGCGGAUCGAAUCAAGAUUAAGAAAUCCCUUAGAGGAGUUAAAGUUGAAGUAACACACAGAGGAAGUGUUAGACGAAAGUAUCGUGUUUCCGGUAUAACGUCUCAACCAACAAGAGAACUUGUGUUUCCUGUCGAUGAGAACUCAACAAUGAAAUCAGUGGUUGAAUACUUCCAAGAGAUGUACGGUUUCACUAUUAAACAUACACACCUUCCGUGCCUUCAAGUUGGUGGAAAUCAAAAGAAAGCAAACUAUUUACCUAUGGAGGCCUGCAAAAUUGUCGAGGGGCAACGAUAUACUAAAAGGUUGAAUGAAAAGCAAAUUACUUCUCUUUUGAAAGUCACGUGCCAGAGACCUCGUGAUCGAGAAAAUGACAUUUUGCGGACGGUUCAGCACAACGCUUAUGAUCAAGAUCCUUACGCAAAGGAAUUCGGGAUUAAAAUCAGCGAGAAGUUAGCUUCGGUGGAAGCACGAAUUCUUCCCGCUCCUUGGCUUAAGUAUCACGAGAGUGGGAAAGAGAAAAAUUGUUUACCCCAAGUUGGCCAGUGGAAUAUGAUGAACAAGAAAAUGAUUAAUGGAAUGACCGUUAGCCGCUGGGCAUGCAUCAAUUUUUCACGAGGCGUGCAGGAUAGUGUUGCUCGUACUUUUUGUAACGAGCUUGCGCAAAUGUGUCAAGUAUCUGGCAUGGAAUUUAAUCUGGAGCCUGUUAUCCCGAUCUACAAUGCAAAACCCGAGCAGGUGGAGAAAGCUUUGAAGCAUGUUUACCAUGUGUCAUCGAACAAAACCAAAGGAAAGGAAUUGGAGCUUUUGUUAGUUAUAUUGCCGGACAACAAUGGUUCUCUCUAUGGCGAUCUCAAGCGUAUUUGCGAGACUGACCUUGGUUUAAUUUCUCAAUGUUGUCUGACAAAGCAUGUCUUUAAGAUCACUAAGCAGUACUUAGCCAAUGUGUCUCUGAAGAUCAACGUUAAGAUGGGUGGUAGAAACACCGUUCUUGUUGAUGCGGUAAGCUGCAGAAUACCAUUGGUUAGUGACAUACCAACAAUAAUAUUUGGAGCAGAUGUUACCCACCCUGAAAACGGGGAAGACUCCAGCCCCUCAAUAGCAGCGGUAGUAGCGUCGCAAGAUUGGCCUGAAGUUACAAAGUAUGCAGGUUUAGUAUGUGCUCAACCUCAAAGACAAGAACUUAUACAAGAUUUGUACAAAACUUGGCACGACCCUGUUCGUGGUGUAGUUAGUGGUGGCAUGAUCCGAGAUUUGUUGGUUUCGUUUAGAAGGGCAACCGGACAGAAGCCACAAAGGAUUAUAUUUUACAGGGAUGGUGUAAGUGAAGGGCAGUUUUACCAAGUUUUACUAUACGAGUUGGAUGCAAUUCGGAAGGCGUGUGCUUCUUUGGAGCCAAACUAUCAACCACCAGUAACUUUCAUAGUUGUACAAAAACGACAUCAUACUCGGUUAUUCGCAAACAACCACAGGGACAGAAACAGCACCGAUAGGAGUGGAAAUAUCCUGCCUGGAACUGUUGUUGAUACCAAAAUCUGUCAUCCAACGGAGUUUGAUUUUUAUCUCUGCAGUCACGCUGGCAUCCAGGGUACAAGUCGUCCAGCGCAUUAUCAUGUUCUAUGGGAUGAAAAUAACUUCACAGCAGACGGGAUUCAGUCUUUGACAAACAAUCUCUGUUAUACAUAUGCCAGGUGUACACGCUCCGUAUCUGUUGUUCCUCCAGCAUAUUAUGCACAUUUAGCAGCUUUUCGAGCCCGCUUCUACACAGAGCCAGACCUACAGGAGACUGGCUCCACCGGUGGUCGUGGUUCGAAAACAACACGUGCAGCCGGUGAUUGCGGUGUCAAGCCAUUGCCAGCGUUGAAGGAAAAUGUGAAGAGAGUUAUGUUUUAUUGUUAGUCUAUGAACCAGUUAGGAAAUGGUGGAUGCAUGGAGGAUGGUAGCAUAGAGAAAUCAAACGGUAGAUGCAGCAAGCACCAUCAUGCAUCGCAAUAUUUAACAGUUACUUGUACAUUAGUUCUAGUGGCCUAGUUUAGGAUUUUUCUAGAAGUAUUUGGCUAGAACUUUGGGGAGACUCACCAUAGGUUUAGACUUUAGAUGGUAUUGUAUCAGGCAUUGUAAACAAAGCUCUAUGAAUCAAUCUUUAUUG